GCUGGCGCUUCGUUCAUCUGAGCAUGGUGUCAUUGGCGCUUGCUUCGGUGAGAUUAUACGCUUUGUCCGGUUGGUGGAGCCAGAGUUUGCAAUCCAUGAAGGUGGCUCUGAGAGGGCCACAACUGAGGCCUUCACCCUUACACCUCAAUGUGUGGACAGGAUGCUUCAGCAAGUGAACUCAGCUGGGACAGUGCAAGAAGAUUUCGAGCAAGCUUUGUCUUUUUGUGCAAGGCUAGGGUUUGCUGUGCAGAACGCGCAGCCUGACUUGCCAUCCAAUUGUACAAAAACUUGUUUCCAGAUUCCUGUGGGGAUAGGACACUUGAUCCACAAGGGGCUGUGGAGUACUGUAGCCUUUUCCCACACUGCAAGAUGGGAGCCAGAUUGUGAUGCAGCUCCAUUGCAGCGGAGAGUCCGUGCGCUAGCGUCCCAGAUGCAGAAUGCUGGAGAUCAACCACAAAUUUUUGUAGGCGCCAAGGAAUUCCAACCAGCUAAUGCCAUGUAUUCGAACUUAGCUGAUGAUCUGUGCGAGUGGGUAGAAGCCAUCGUGUCGCAAUCCGAGGAUCCAUCUCAAGCCAGUGAUGCGCUAGAGCAAUAUGUCAUUUGGCUUAACAGCAUGAGAGAAGCAACAAGCAAUCGCAGGUUCGCAGAGUAUGCUUGGGAAAGCGUUUCUUGCAAGCUGGGGGGGGGGAAAUACAAUCCUGUUUUGCAGAGCGUCGGUCGCUACAGAGCUUGCUUUCUGCUGCAGUGUUUGCUUUUCAGUAUGCACUUGAAAUCUGCCAGCUCGGUCGCAGCUUCGUUGAGAAGAGCCUUUGCGCUGCUACCAGAUGUUUGGAGCAAGACCUUGGAAGAUCUGUUUUCGUGCAUGACCACUCCGUCGGGUGCCACCAUGUCCCGGGCACGGUUGUACUUAGAUUGCUCUUUCAUGCACAUCAUGAGGCAUCGCCAUGCAGAUCUGGUCCGUCAAAAGUCUGUCAUAUUCGCGUUGGUUGACAGCUCGCCGCAGGGUAAUCACAAUUGGAUGAUGACCGAAUACUUUGGUGUCCAAGGUGAGAAGCUUCUGCAUGCUGCAGACUUGGUUCGAUGCAACGCUUCUUUUAAAGAUAUGGCAGAUCUUUCCAGGUCUGACUUGGAAGCAAAUCUGGAUAACAUGGAUGAGGUUCAGGCUGUUUGCUUCCAUCACACAUGUCCUCCCACAGCACUGGGUCUCAGACAUGCCACUCUCGCUCACAAAGUGCAUGCAAUCUUGCACUCUUUCCGCCUGGAAAGUAGCUCGUGGUCUAGUGUGCAGGGUCUCCUUGAUUGCAUUUUUGCCAUCACGUCUGACCAGGGAACAGAAAGUGAAGUAAGCCUAGCCACAGUGCCGUUGCAAUCGAUGUUUCCAUAUUGGACCCAGCAGGGGCAGAUUGAAUUUGAAGUCGAUGCAGGUGCCAAUGUUGAUAUUCCAGAGCAAGGAGCAGAGAGGGACCCUGAUCCUGAUUCGUUGUCCUUUACCAAAUCCUUGUAUGUUGCCGGAAUGUUUCAUUUGAUUGAUGGCAUCACAAAAGACCUUCUCAAGAAGUCUCUGUGUUGGAGUGAAGUGAAGCCUUUGCUGGACGCGGUGCUCCAAUUCUUUCAUGGCGGACACAACCGGCGCCAUGUCCUCCGGCAAACUUGGAAUGCUGCCGCUUUCGGGGCACAGCCUGAUGAGGCUGAGCAAGGUCAGGGUGAGGGCCGUGAUGGUGUGCAAGAUACUUCAAAGCUUGUUAGCAAAGUGUCUGAGGCAGUAGGGUCUGACUUCUUUUGGGCUUAUUUGCGCAUGUUGCAGUGCAUCACUUCCAUUUUGCAAGAGACCUCGGCGUGGACCCAGAGCUGUCCGUGUCAUUCGGUAGAAACUUUGGCAAGUUUGAAAGAGGUGAGCCAGGCCAGACAAGCUGGGGAAUUUGUGAAAUGCCCGAUGCGUGGGAGACGGGCCCCAGAGGUUGCUGCUGGGGAGUUCGCUGAAUUCAUCAAUACCUUGGUCCAAUACAAUGAUUCUCGCUUUGUAAUGCGAAGCGUGGCCGGUUUGGAAGGUGAGGCGAAAGACAAGAUCACUCUUGAUUGGUCGAACAUGAAAGCUUACAUUAAGACUGCUUGCUCUUUGAAACUUAGUGCGUGGCAGCAUUUGCCUCUUAGCAUGCUGGGCAUCGGUCACACGGACCCUGCUACAGCCAGGUUGUCAGCUUGGAGGAGUUUGUCUGAGUUCAAUGAGUUGUCAGAAUCGGCGCAAGAUGCAGUGCGCCCAGUGGUGAGAAGGCUUCUCAGUGGGGAUGGUGAGCGACAAAUGCUGGCUUUUCUUCGUGAGGAAGAUUCAUCUGUUUGGCCUGAUUUGGAUGUGUUCCGUGCCCAGUGCAUGUUCGUGCCAAUUCUUGAGCAGUCCAUUGAAAGACGCCAUGCUGUUUUGCACCAGCAUAUCAAAUCUGCACCUCAUCAUUCCGCUCCUUUCGUUUCAGUGUCUGAGCGGAAACAUGAGAUUUUGAACUAUGUCCAAGACAAAAGCAUUGACACGAUGGCUGAAAUUUGUGAGUCGGUUCGUGCCCCGGCUUUGGUUGCAGAGAGUUUGGGGUUGCAAAAACAUCCAGACCUAGCUGCUUGGUGGCGACCGGAAAGGGGUUCCCUGGAGAUUUCAACAUCUCACGCUGUAGUUGCUGCCUUGGUUUAUCGGUGUGAUUCAUCAGCUCAAUUUCUAGCCCUGCCCUCUGUGCAAAAGCCACCGCGCCAUCCUCAGAAUUUGCCAGUCUUGCUUGAUGAGGCUGGUAAUCAGCAUGAGAUCCAGGUUGUUGACGAAGCAGGUGCAGCUGCGGCGUCAAGUUCCGAUGCUGUCGUGCCUGUGCAGCCAGGGGAUUCGUUCCUAACAAAACUCAUGGAACAUCAUGCUUUCCAGCAUUUUUGCUCAGCUUCUACCGCAGCAGAUGUGUAUUCCAUUGACCCGAGCCAAGCCUUGCCUGGUCAUUCUUCGUCGCUUAUGUUGCCAAUGCAGCAAGUCUUGACCACAGGCUUGCCAGGUGCCAGGUUUCGUGUUCCAAAGUGUUUGCUUGAUGGCGCAGCCACAGACCAGGCGUCAGUAGAGUUCACCUUUGAAGAUGAUUGCGGCGUGCCAACUCUUCCAGAGCAGCAGCCUAAACACAUGGAAAUUAUUGAAGGUAAGAAGCACCCCCAUGUUUUUUUCCGACUUUCGUCCGGGAACAUUGCAGGGAAGAAACGCAUGCGUUUGGAUGCCGGCUUCGAUGUGACAUCAGAUCAUGUUGCUGUUGAGUGCUGCGCCAUCAGCCAUUUUGACCAGACCAACAGGCAAGUGCAUCUACAGAUGUCGUCUAAAGAACCUGAUUUGUUUCAGCGUCCAGCCUCCAUGUGUUCUUUCUACAAAUGGGAAGUCGUGAAAACAUGCUCUGGCUUGAGAGGCAUAGAGCUGACCCCUGAAGCCAGCGCUGCACUUGACCUGCUCAUGACAUCAGCGGACAAUGCAGAGGAAGAGGAGUGUCUUGUUUUGUCCAAAGCCACUGAAGAGUACAAAAGUUAUGAGCCAGGGUUGGAGUUCUUGUGUGGUGCAGGCGUGGUGGAGCGCCAUGAAUUGAUAGGUGACAUUUGCAAGUGGACUCUGACCAAUCAUGGCGGUGACAAAUUGAUUCCUCUCAUCAUCGUGCAAAAGCCUAGGCGUGAGCUUGUGGACAGGGAAGCGAAAGAACCUCAAGCCGACGCGCACCCUGCUGCAAAGAAGCCUGUUC